AUGUCAGGUUUCAUCGUCGUGCGAGAUGCUGAUAAUCACGAAGCUCGGUUCCAAUGCAAUUGGCACGUCAAUGAUGCGACCGUACAUACAGAAAACAUCACUUCCUGGCAAAAUUUUGACCUUUUCUUCAAACAAGCCUCUGGCUCCGGUGAAUUGACGUGGCUUACCAAGACAGAAAAUGUACGGCUUUUCUUUGAACUUGGCCCAAAUGAGAACCCUGAAAUCGAUGCGGGAGCCUUUGGAUCUCCAGAAGCCUUUCGCUUCAUACUCGAUUGCUUUUCAGCUGCCCGUCAUGUGGAUGGAAGUAUCGCCAGGUUAGUGGUGCCACAGAGUCAGGGGUACAUUGUGCGAUCGGAUAUACUUUCACAACGCCUGCUGGACUGCUCAGUUGUCAAAAAGGUCGCAAGUUUCGCAACACCGCAGCAGUAUUUUGACGGCCAGCCGGUUCAUCAUGACGGUAUACAACUGCUUCCCUCAGCUUUUCUGGUAUCGGUCGGAGCGAUGCUUUUAAGCCCUCUCGAAUCGACCCGCUUUCAAACUGUCGAAUCGCUAUUAUCGUUUCUUGAUCUCGAACUGCACAAUCGAUUAUCAUUCACCUGGCUCUCGACAGAGCCACCGAGCCGUAAAACUCUUGCGCUCGUUGGCGGCGGUCUUCGUAGUCCUGAUGAUGGAGGAACGGGAGAAAGUAUCUACCUAGCAGCAGAAGCUCUAAAUAUCGAAAUGGUAGUCCUCGAUAGUCCUAAUCAUUGGCUGACUGACACUCGGUACCGUCAUUGGUACAAAGCUCUCAUUCCUUUCGAGACACCAGCACAUCCGGAUGCUGGAUAUGCGGACCGCCUUGUGGAGGCAGUGCGCUCUUAUCCUGGUCAAAUCCAUGGCGUUAUUGCUUUGCUCGAUCUGUACAAAGUCGCGGUCGCUAAAGCCGCCCUCCAACUAGGAUUGUGUACCGAACCUCCGUCGGCGUAUGAGAUUGCCACCAACAAAUUCAAAACGAGUGUCUUUGAAGGGCAUCAUGCAUUUCAGGCUUCGAGUAUUGAACAAGCAGUAAGCAUUGUGCGUGAGAACAAGCUUGACUUUCCAUUGAUCAUCAAACCUUGCAACGGAUUCCUCUCGGAAGGCGUCUUCAAGGUGGAGAGCCUUUCAGAGCUCGAGGACGGCAUACACGGCAUCAAUACUGAUCGACAUGGACUCGACUUCGUUAUUGAAAAGUAUUGCGAUGGUCCAGAGGUGGAUGCAAACUUUGUACUUUGCGAAGGAGAACUGCUGUUUUUUGAGGUAUCGGAUGAUUUUCCUAAAAGCGCAGACACUACCGACCAGGGAAGCAGCAAAAACUUCAUUGAAUUAGCAAAUGUCCUUCCAUCUAAGCUGCCGCAAUCCGAGCUUGAUAUUUUACGGGACUCGUUACAUCAAAGCCUGCUACGAAUGGGUCUUAAGAACGGGUUCUAUCACUUGGAAGCCCGAGUGGAAAACUCUAGCAUGGAAUAUACUACCCAAAGCGGUAUCUUGGACCUGACCGAGCGCUCUAUACCAGCCAAAGGGGGACCGUCUGCUUGGCUAAUCGAGGUCAACCCUCGACCACCUGGAGUACAGGUUUCAGAAGGCCUACGGCACUCGUAUGGCGUUGAUUAUUUCGGACUUUCGUUGUUGUUUGGUCUCAAUGAUACGCAUCGCAUCAGGCAGCUUUCGAGCCCCUUCUUGCAAGGUCCGCAGUAUUGGUGUGAGAUGGUGUUCAUUCCUGUCAACAAGGGCGGAAUUUUCGUGUCGGGGGAUGUGUGCGCCGAGCUAUUCGUCAGGCGUCCGGAUCUCGUCGAGUAUGUGUCAAAGUGCUUUUGCUUCUAUCAUAAAGGAGAUAAAGUGCCAGAUCCGGGUGCAGGAGUAUAUUCCUGGGUUGCGUACUUCAUUGUAUUCUCGAGAGAAAGCAGGGCGCAUUUGUUAGAAACUGCUGAGUGUAUAAGACAGGAGGUUAAAUAUUCCAUCGUGUAG